UGUAGCCAGAAAGGUAAUCUACCUACAGUGCAACGUCAGAAGCGCUGAUAGAUACAACUCAAUCCCCGCAUCUCCGCAGGGUCUUACUCAUUGACAGCGCAGCCUUGCUUCGACCACAGCUGACCGCAGAUCUACUGUUGACUAGGAGGAGAUUCACACUGCGACCAGUGGAACGUCGCUACCUCUAUCCAGCUGUGACACAACACAAUUCCAUCUACCAUGGUGAGAAUAAUACCACAGCAAGUGUCGGAAACGACCUCUCACAAAAAGUCCGCAAUUGUUGGUGGACCCAAGAACUACAGGUUUACUGUGCUCACUGAUGGGCUUAUCCGCUACGAGUGGGCUCCCGAUGGCAUCUUUGAAGACCGUCCUUCCACAUUUGCUGUGCAUCGUGACUUGCCCGUACCAGACUUCUCAAUCAAGGACACCGAUGGGAACCUGGAAAUCAUUACAUCACGAUUCCACUUGACCUACAACAAGGAGGAAUUCACUCCAUAUGGACUGUCCGCGGUGGUUUUCAACCACACUCAGCUGUGCUGGCGAUUCGGCCAAGACCAAGAUUACGCAGAAUACAAUCUAGGUGGGACUUACCGCACUUUAGAUCGCAUUGAUGGCAGAGUCGGCAUGGGAUAUGGCAUCCUUUCACGGCUUGGUUAUGCCUCGCUUGACGAUUCAAAGUCCUUGUUGUUUGAGAAGAACGGCUUUGUUGCUCCCAGACGUCCUGGGCCUGGUCGAAUUGAUGGCUAUCUUUUCGCCUACGGCCAUGACUACCGAGAAGCAGUCAAGGCAUUGUACGCCGUCUCGGGCUCCCAGCCAUUAUUGCCACGAUGGGCACUAGGUAAUUGGUGGAGUCGAUAUUAUGCCUACACGGCGAAAUCCUAUCUCGAACUUGUCGACAAAUUCAAAGAAAUCAAGGUGCCACUAUCCGCCGCGGUUAUUGAUAUGGAAUGGCAUUUGGUGGACGAUCCCCGCAUCAAGAAAGCAGGUCAGUCCGGCUGGACCGGCUAUACGUGGAAUAAAAAACUCUUUCCUGACCCUCCCGCUUUCAUUGAAGCCUUGCAUAAGCGGAAGCUUCGGGUCACUCUAAAUGAACACCCCGCAGAAGGCAUUCACAGCUACGAAGACCUUUACGAAAAAGUUGCAAAAGCGCUCCAUGUGCCCACUGACAAAGGACAGCCGAUCCCUUUUGAUAUUGCCAAUCCUGACUUCCUGAGAGUGUACUUCGAUGUUCUCAUAUCGUCACUUGAGGACGAUGGGGUUGACUUCUGGUGGAUUGACUGGCAGCAGGGACAAUUUUCGCGAAUGAAAGAUGCCGACCCUCUGUGGCUGUUGAACCACUAUCAUUUCCUACAUAACACCCAACGAUUUCCCAAUCGACAUCCAUUGAUAUUCUCUCGAUACGCUGGUCCAGGCAGUCACCGAUAUCCGAUCGGCUUUUCCGGAGAUACGGUGGUGUCAUGGGCGAGUCUCGAGUUCCAACCAGAGUUUACCAACACGGCAUCCAACAUUGGGUACGGGUGGUGGAGCCACGAUAUCGGCGGGCACAUGCUCGGCGUCAAAGAUGAAGAAAUGCUGGUUCGCUGGAUCCAAUACGGAGUAUUCUCACCGAUUCUUCGACUUCACUCGACUAAAAACAUGUGGGUUGCUAAGGAGCCGUGGAAACUCCCUCGGUUGGCGGGAGACAUCAUCUCGAAUUACCUGCGUCUGCGACACCGGUUGAUCCCUUACUUACACACGAUGAACGCCAGAGCCGCCAUCGGAGGAGAACCACUGAUCCAACCGCUCUAUUGGGAACACCCGGGUCGGGAUGAAGCAUAUCGGCAUAAGAACCACUACUAUUUCGGCAGCCAAUUGGUUUGUUUUCCCAUCACCUCGCCGCAGGAUCGACAAUUGCGGCUGGCCAAAACCAAAGCUUGGCUUCCACCGGGCAGAUAUGUGGACUAUUUCACCGGCUUCAGCUACGAGGGAGACACUGAACUCUGGCUGAGUCGACCACUGGAGCAGUACCCGUUGUUUCUUCCAGCAGGAUCCAUUGUUCCACUGGACUAUGCCAUGGAGCCCUCCAAUGGCGGCGGAAAUCCAGAGGGAUACGAGAUCCUGAUCGCGGUUGGAGCCGACGGCGCGUUUGAGAUCAUGGAGGAACACGGCGAGUCCCAGGGCAAGGCUGCUGGAGACAUCGAUUGGGACCGAAUCUUGAUCACCUACACACAGGCAACUGGCACGGUGGAAAUCCAUCCCAAAUUUCAGCCUGAACGUGAGGAAGCCUUGGACUACCACCCAUUGUCUCUCCGCUUCGUGGGCCUUUCCAAGUCGAGGCACCUCGCCCCAACCGUUAGUAUCCACAUCACCCAUGACGACUCUUCCAUAACCUCCUACGACUAUUACCCGUUCGAACUCUCAUCGGGCUUCAAUGGGAUCUUACUGGACCUUGGUGAGGUGUCAGUCACGGCGGAUGUGGUUGUCAGGCUUGGCAUCGAGGAUCCAAAACUCGAUCUGUACAACAAGCAACGAGCCUUGACCAAGCUGAUCGAGCCCAUCAUUCGCGACGCACAGAUUGAAUAUGCCCAUAAAGACGCUGUGUGGGCCGUGGUGGCCAAUGCAGAUGAUCGCAACAAGACCUCCAAGUCUGUCAUGUUGAAUCAGCUCGAGGCUUUGGACUAUGUCAAUCCAAAUCUCAAGAUCGCUAUCGCUGAGUACCUGAAGUAGGGGUAAAUUAAGGACAAUAUGGUAGGGGCGAUGGUGGUGGGGGUGUUGAUGUGAUAUUGGAUGCUGAUGCAUACUGAUCGAGCUAAUCUGGGGAGAUUCAGGGGAAUCUUGCUAAUACUACAGUAUGCAUGGUCUAUGUUGGAAUAAAGGUCAGGCUAGGGUUUUCGUUAUAGUACCUACAUUCCUUAAUCGACACAGGUCGCUUCCAAAGCGAAAGCGUCGUCGUUAUUGACUCG